UAAACGAGUAGAUGAUCAGCUCAGUAAUAGAAUGGAGAGAACUAGGAGGAUAUAAGCAUAUGUCGAGAUGUUUAUUGGAAACCCCGAAUCAGCCUCCGCGUGAUGGCAGUAUGAGGCAGUCCCUGCAAACCGGAGCGUGGGAGUUCCUCUCUUCGCCAUGUCGGGGUGGUGCUGCAACGCGCUGAGGAUACCCUGAACCGAUCAGAAGUCUCCCAGCCCCCCUCCUGCUACUCCAUCCAUCCAUCUAUCUAUCUAUCUGUCUACCCAUCCGCCCCCACACGGCACCAGGCAGAGUCCAGCAUCUCCAGCAUAACUGUUUCCCCGGAUCAGCUGCGACACAUCUUCCCCCUGACCGACGGUGGACGGAGGAGAGACGCACCAAGUGAUGCGGCUUCUGCAGCCCGCGCAUCCCGCAGCACCGAAGACCGCACGCUCGCCCGUUAGGAGUCGGCGCACUUUCCCCGUUAUCUACAACAACCCAUGAGAAUGUCCAGCACAGACAUCGUGGGUUUAAACCCUACCGACCGCCUAAUCAAAUCGGUGCCGUUCCCGCUGAGCCACAGGUUAACCAUGCGAGAGGUGUUCGACUGUGAGGGGAAACCGCGUGUGGACCUGCUGAAGGCUCACCUCACUAAAGAGGGUCGCUUGGAGGAGCCUGUCGCCCUGCGUAUCAUCAACGAGGGGGCCGCCAUCCUCCGCCAGGAGAAGACCAUGCUGGACAUAGAGGCCCCUGUCACAGUGUGCGGGGAUAUUCACGGGCAGUUCUUCGACCUGAUGAAGUUAUUUGAGGUUGGCGGGUCUCCUGCGACAACGAGGUACUUGUUUCUAGGGGACUAUGUGGACCGAGGGUACUUCAGUAUUGAGUGUGUCCUUUACCUCUGGUCGCUGAAAAUCCUCUACCCAAAGACGCUGUUUCUGCUGCGGGGAAACCAUGAAUGUAGACAUUUGACUGAAUAUUUCACUUUCAAACAAGAAUGUAAAAUCAAAUACUCGGAGCAGGUGUAUGAUGUGUGCAUGGAUGCAUUCGACUGUCUGCCUCUGGCUGCUCUGAUGAAUCAGCAGUUUUUGUGUGUUCAUGGUGGCCUGUCUCCAGAGAUACACACUUUAGACGACAUCAAGAAGCUGGACAGGUUCAAGGAACCACCAGCGUUUGGCCCCAUGUGUGAUCUGCUGUGGUCCGACCCGCUGGAGGACUUCGGCAAUGAAAAGAGUCAAGAUUACUUCAGCCACAACAGUGUCCGCGGAUGCUCCUACUUCUACAGCUAUCCUGCGGUGUGUGAGUUUUUACAGACCAACAACUUACUGUCUGUCAUCAGAGCACAUGAGGCGCAGGACGCGGGUUACCGUAUGUACAGGAAGAGUCAGACUACAGGUUUUCCUUCUCUCAUCACCAUCUUUUCUGCUCCAAACUACCUGGACGUUUACAACAACAAAGCGGCCGUGCUUAAAUACGAGAACAACGUAAUGAACAUACGACAGUUCAACUGCUCGCCACAUCCGUACUGGCUGCCCAACUUCAUGGACGUCUUCACCUGGUCUCUUCCGUUCGUUGGGGAGAAAGUGACAGAAAUGUUGGUGAAUGUCCUCAGUAUCUGCUCUGAUGAUGAGCUUAUGAACGACGGAGAUGAGAUCUUUGAUGUCUUCUUUUCUCUCUCCUUUUUUCUCAUAGCCAUCCGUGGCUUUUCUCCACAGCACAAGAUCAACAGUUUCGAGGAGGCGAAGGGUCUGGACCGCAUAAACGAGCGAAUGCCGCCUCGCCGAGACGUGGUCAACAGCGUGGGGCUGUCAAUGGGCAAGAUGAACAUGGCCGAAUCCAACGGCACGGACGACAACAGCAAUAUCCAGUGAUUCAUCUCCUCCUCCUCCUCGCUCGCCCCUGCUUCUCCUCCCAUAAUGCAAUUCUCCCCACUCCCCUCAUUUUCACUGCUACCGUCUAUGUAGCAGAUGGACUAUGUGAUAUAUUUAGACAGAACUCCCUGCUUGACGUUCAACUGCCUCAACAACAAACAUGAGACGGGCCACGCGAAGGAGAUCAUGCGUGAGAGUUGCAUGAUGGGAUAUGUAGUUUUAUGGAUAUGGGGCUAUGUAAUGGAAAUACGAACACAGAGUGCAUUUCCUGUUCCUUUGUCCGAAGAGAUGUUUAUUUAUGCGUGUUUGCACUUUGCGUGCAUGUCUGUGUGUGUGGGCGACAUGUGAUAUAUAAUUAAUAUAUGAUGAUGAUGAUGAUGAUG